AUGGCAGUUUCUUCAGCAAUAUCCAUGGUGGAUUCCCACGACAGAGAAGAACCCUGGAGAAAAGCAAGAGAAGAACAAGAAGAAGAAGGAGGAGGGAAAUGGAGAGAAAGAGGAGAUGAAACAUUCCUUCUAAAAGAAACCAAACCAGUGAUUCAAACAGAGGCAGGAGAAAUGAGAAUAACAAAAUGGCACCGCGGUUGGGGAAGUCUAAUGACAGAUUCUAAACCCAUGCAAAUUGGAUUCAUAACAAUGAAACCCAAAUCAUUACUCAUUCCUCUCUAUCUUGAUUCUACUUUGAUCCUCUUCAUCCGACAAGGAGAAGCAAGAAUUGGGUUGAUCUAUAAAGAUGAUUUUGUUGAGAGAAAUGUUAAAGGAGGUGAUGUUUAUAGAAUUCCGGCUGGAUCUACUUUCUAUAUUGAGAAUUCCGGCGAGGGUCAAAAACUUCAGAUUAUUUCUAGUAUUGAAAGAUCUGAUCAAACUAUCUUUGGUUUGGGUACUUUUCAGUCUUACUUUAUUGGGGGAGGAUUGAAUCCAACUUCUGUUCUUGCUGGCUUUGAUCGGGCUACACUAGCUACUGCUUUCAAUGUUUCAAUAUCGGAGCUAGAUGAAAUCAUGACUAGACAAACAAAGGGUCCAAUUGUGUACAUUACCGAUGACAUACACCACGAUCAUGAACACAAACAUGACAAAGAACUACAACCUGAGUUGUCUUGGUCUCGAUUCCUUAAACUCGAAAACAAAGACCGUUUAAAAGCAAUGACUAGGUUUAUGAACUCGGUUGGCGGCGGUGAUAACAAUGAAGAAGAAGGUUCCAAGGAACCGAGAUGGUUCGAGAAGCUAUCAAGAACCAUGUUUGGUAUUGAAAACGACAAAUCCAUGACAGGAAAAACACAAGCCCCCGACUCAUACAAUUUGUACACUAGAAAGCCCGAUUUCAAGAACGAUUAUGGAUGGAGCCUUGCCCUCGACGCCCAUGAUUAUCAUCCCCUUACUCAUUCCGACAUCGGUGUUUUCCUAGUCAACUUAACCGCCGGUUCAAUGAUGGCGCCACAUAUAAAUCCGAUGGCAACUGAAUGUGGAAUCGUUUUAAGUGGAAGUGGGGCGGUUGAGAUAGUGUAUCCAAAUGGGACUCAAGCAAUGAAGGCAAAUGUUGGAGAAGGAGAUGUUUUUUGUGUGCCUCGAUAUUUCCCGUUUUGUCAAAUCGCGUCAACGACUGGACCGUUUGAGUUCUUUGGUUUCACGACAUCGGCCCAUAAGAAUAGGCCUCAAUUUCUUGUAGGAGCUGGGUCUAUCUUACGGACCAUGAGUGGGCCUCAGCUCGCGGCAGGAUUUGGUUUGACGGAGGAAAGAUUCCGCGAGAUUUCUGAGGCCCAACUUCAAUCCACCAUCUUUCCUUCCGCGGCUGCGGCACCUGCUGAUAAGGUUAAUAAGAUGUAA